GAAUGGAAUGGUGAAAACAGAUUUACUUUCAGUUCAAACAGGUCUAGCAGGCACUGCAACAACUUUCCUAGAAGUAUCAUCCACUGAACCAACACUAAAAUUUCAUUUUUGAAAUGAAUAAUGAUUGAAUGAAUGCAGAAGAACACACAUCCAGCGUGUCACUUAACCAACGCUACCAUGCUCUGGCAAAGCUUUUACUUCAUCUGGAGCAUCUUGUGCUUGUUAACACUUGAUCUGGUCCAUGGUUCAUCUGUACUCGUUUGUAAACCAGGUGAGAAGGUCUCAGGCUCAAGGACCAGAUGUGAACCCUGCCCAUCUAAUCAAUACAACCCUAAAUCAAGUCAAAGUCCAGAGUGUCGAAACUGUGAUCCUUGUGGAAUGUAUAGCGAAAAAAUUUCAGACUGCACACCAACGAGUAAUACUCAGUGUCGUUGCCUUAAGGGCUUUACUGCUUGGGACUCAACAAACAAAAGAUGCAGGUGCGAUCGUGGUUCAGGGAUCAAGGUUUUAGGAAAUGAACAAAUCUGUGAGAAAUGUCCACACAAAACCUUCAGUGAUAAAGUUAACUCUAAAUGUCAACCAAAUUUGCAGUUUCAGAGCACUGAGAAAAUUCCAGGAAAUGCCACCUCUGACGACAACUACGGAAAUGAAGCGACAACAGUAGUACCUUAUUCCUCCCCCUUGCUUUUGUCUCACACAGCCAUCAGCACAUCAGUCAUGACUCCAACCAUCAGCAGAAACUCCAUCUCUACACCCACAACUUCCAGUCCUGAGUCCAAAGACAGCAUCAAUUAUCACAUCUGGCUGACCUCUCUCGCUGUACUUCUGCUUCUCAUCCUCAUACUAAAGCUCAGGAGGUGUCCUAAGAAAAAGACAGAGAUAGUACGACAAGGUAGUGCAUGUGGAAAGCCAGUUGAGGAAUCUGAAAUGGGUCUAUGUCCUGUGAUGACUCAUAAGCUCCUGAUGUACCAAACCUGGAUAACAUGUGGGCUUAGGACAAACUAAGAAUGUUAUUCCGUUUGUAGUAGGGUUUUUUUGUUUGUUUGUUUUAUAUGGAUACAGAUAUAAGUAAAAUUAGACCACAUAAUAGACAUGUAUAAAAGUUUAAGAAUACAAACACAUACUGUGCAAAAGUCUUAGGCACACUAUUUUUUUUCAUACAAACUUUGUUAUAUAUUUUUAUUUUAUGACUUCUACAUUGAGUCAGUACAAAAACAUUUUAGAGUUCCAAACUUUUGUUUUACAGCACAAAAUUAAAUGUUACAGAAGAAAAAAAUCUGUAUCUGAGCAGCAUAUUACAUAUGAGACCACUUUUCAGAUUAAAAAAAAAAAAAACCCUUAAUGAAGCCUACUGGGUUUUGCUGCAAAAUUAAGAUGCAAGUGUGACAAAGUGUCCAGAACAAUUAGUUCUGCAAGAUGUUCAGUAAAACCUACCGGUACAGCUCAUUUCCUUAUAAAACUGCACUCAUUGUACUUGAGACUACGUUUUGUAAAGCAAAGAGUUGUCUCACACCAAAUAUUGACUUUGUUUCAUUUAUUAUGGCAUACUACAGUUUAUAGUAUUUUUUUUUAAUGUUGAAGCAUUUCAUUUCAUUAUUUUUAAGCCAUUUUUGGUCUACAGCAUUUCUUUACAUGUGCCUAAGACUUUUGCACAGUACUGUAGGUUAAAAAUAGUUAUUUUGAUAUUUGGAGAAUUAGGCACAGUUUGUUAGGCUGUAAGUAUCUUUUGGUAUUAUGUUGUAUGUUAUUUCUUUUCACCACUCUGACAUCAUUUAUACAUUAUUUUUCA